UAUGUUGUUUAUGGGGAAGCAAGCGACGAGCGGCGUACUACUUUUAACUUUAGCGUUUUCCCUCCUUAACAUUUUUGGCGUACAUUUAAUGUAAUUUACUACAGUUUAUUGUGAUUAAAUUCCAACAAGUUAUUCUUUUUACGCUUAUUUAGAACUAAUUACUUUUCGGCAUUAAAAAUGCGGAAAAUAUCCAAAAAUCGUACAGAUGACGAUGUUGUUUCAUCGACCAAUGGAUCUGCAUCUGUCGGGAACGAGGAGAGUCAAGAAUCAGAGCAAGGCAAAAAACAAGCCAAUAAUGAAGACAAUGAAAAUUAUAAAGACAAAAACAAAAGUGAAGAUGAUAAGGAUUCAUCUUCUGUUAAGGGAACGCCUAAGAAGAGUAAAUCAAAACAGUCGAAAAAGAAGAAAUCCGAAAAAGUAAAUAAAAAAGACGCUGAAGAAGAAUAUGAGGUGGAAAAAAUUUUAGAUUCCAAAAAAAUAAAAGGGAAAUUGCACUAUCUAAUACGUUGGAAGGGCUAUUCAGCCGAUAGUGAUAGUUGGGAACCGUCUAAUACGUUGUCUUGCCCAGAUUUAAUCAUCAAAUAUAAUGAGGAGAAGGAAAAUUCAAAGAACAGUCCAUCAAAAAAAGCUAACAAACGGAAAGGUGCUAAGAAAGAGAGUAAAUCGCCACCAAAGAAAUCUAAAACCAGUUGGGACUCCGAGAAUGCUGAUGAAGAUGCUGAGUAUGAGGUAGAGCGCAUUCUUGAAGUUCAUCACAAGAAGAAUGGCAGCAGGGAUUUUUUGAUUCAUUGGAAGGGAUGGUCAAGCAAAUUUGACUCCUGGGAACCCGAGGCAAAUUUAAAUUGCCCCGAUUUAAUAAAAAGAUUUAUGGAGAAGGUUGAAAAUGCUAAAACAACUGAGAGUAGGAAUUUAAGAGUAGCUCCAGAGACCACAAACCGUUUCACUCUCCAAGAUCCAACAUCAGGGCGACGUCUCAGUAAGAGAAGAGGACAACGCCAACGUGUCCGAUAUGACAAUGCAGAGUAAUGUGUGUGUGUAUGUUGAUCAUACCAUUACACGUUAAUGUAAGAGACGCUUUUUUCUAUUAACUAUUUUCAAUAUUUGUAAAACAAUUUUAUUUGUUAACACUGUUAGUGAUAAGAAAGAUAUUUUUUAUUUAUAACAUUUUCGGACUUAUGUAUGUGUGUUUGUUCUAUGUAAUAUACUGUGCAAUAUUGCAAUGUUAAUAUAUACAGCAUAUGAUGUAAAAUAUAUAUAUAUUCAAAAAUUACAGUUCAUGUAUCGUCUCAUAUUAAUAUAUUUGCAAUGAACAGGUUUACUUACCUUAAGUUAUCAAAAUGACCUAUUUAUAAUGUUAGAGAUACACUAGAUAUUGAAAUAUUUUUUUUUAUCUAGAAUAUUGCUCUAAUAAUAGUUCUUCUGACUAAAAAUUUAUGUCUCGAAGAUGUUUUACAAAUCUAACAUAUUUUUUCAUGAUGGGUGUACAUUAAGAAGAUUAUUUCUUUUAAGCAAAAUUGUAUUUAAAUAGAAAUAAAUAUAUUAGCAAGUAGCUUUAAUAAUGUAAGACGUAGGGUUCCACCAAGAAUUACAGACUAAAGGCAAUCAUCAAUAAUUCAACUAUAUUAUGCAAUCAUAGACAAGUAAAAAAAAUUAAUAAUAUAUUAUAAUAUUCUAAUUGAAUCACUGAAGGCAUAUCCUGAGAACAGUUUCAGUACAGUAUCCGUAGAUAAUCUGUUGUGUAUACAUCCGAAAAUAAAUAUUUGAUUUCGUA